CAACUGGAAAUGGGCGUUUCUCUCGUGUCCGAAAGUGGCCAGAGCGGGGAAGGAGGGAAGGUAAAGUUUCAAGUUUGUCGUAAUCAGCAAAUCUCCUGAAGGCGCCACUUGGGAAAGGAGCGCAGCGAGCAUAUGUAACAUGUAACCUUCCUCUCAAGUCCGAGCUCACCACCCAGCGCCAAUCCUCUCCUCCUCCACGUACUGAUCUCAUGGCCAUCACCCCCCGGAAGCCUCCCAUCAACAAGAUCAGCAAGACCGGCAAGGAGGAGGAGGAGGAGGAGGAGCAGCAGCAGCAGCAGCACCGGCAAGACGCCUCCGCGAAGCCUAGAAAGCGCACCGCAUCUGCCGGCGUCCGGGUUAAAAGCGGUCGCAUCUACGACCCAGUGCACGGCAAGACCUGCCAUCAGGUAUAUCUCCACUUCCGAGCGAGCAAAACCCAUUGCCGGCAGAAGACGAGGGACUUCGCUGCCUCCUGUAAGCAGAUCAACAAGGGGAACAAGGCCUGCACCAUAAAUUUCUGCCACAAAUGCCUCCGAAACAGGUAUGGGGAGAACGCGGAAGAGAUGGCGGUGUUGGAUAACUGGAGUUGCCCCAAAUGCCGUGGCAUAUGCAACUGCAGCUUUUGCAUGAAGAAGAGAGGCCACAAGCCAACCGGCAUACUCGUCCACGCUGCAAAGGCUACUGGGUGCUCCUCGGUUCUUGAGCUUUUGGAUAACAAAGGCCUUCAAAUCCUAGAUGCUGUAAACUCGGUGAGCAAUGCGAGUCCAAAUAAUUCUCCGGCUUUGAGUAAGGGGUUGGUCGGUAGGAAUAAUGAGAAUUAUGAUGUCGAGAGGAAGGAGAAGAAAACGAUGCCAGGCACGGGUGAAGAAAGAGGUUGUGUAUUUAACAAGGAAAAGAAAACGAAGCUUGUGAAAAAGCUAAAGAUGGAAAGUAGGCGCAAGCGUUCUAUUAUUGAUUGCGAAAAAUGCCAUGUGAAAGAAGAGGAGGUAAAUAUGCUAGAAAUAGAUCUUAAUGAAGUGCCAGUGGGUCCCAGUAAGAAGAAGAGGAGGUUGGCAGGCAAGAGUCAACUACAAGUUGCCAGGGAUUGUGCAAAUGUGAAAGUUCCCAUGGCACAAAAAGACUUCGAUAGCACUUGGGAUAAGUGUGACAUUCUUGGGGUGACAAAUAAUCUCGUCAACGAUAUUAUUAAUGCUGAAACUAAAACUUCGCCAAUGAAAGAAGCCAUUGUGCUACCUCAGGGCAAUCCCUUAGCAGAGGUUGCAGGUGUUGAGUUGCCACUUGAAGAUGUUGGACCGGCACUGCAGUUCAUGGAAUUUUGUACAACAUUUUCAAAGGUUCUUAAUAUAAGGAAAGGUUUGCCUGAAUCUAUCCUUCAAGAAAUAACGAGAGGAUUUGCUCAGCGGCAGUGUGUGUUUCCAGCGGUUGUGCAGUUCCAUACUAAUUUAUUAUCUAUUAUUUUGAAGGACAGGGGGAAAAAGCCUCUCUCAAGCUCUGCAAGAAGUGGUGAUGCAUGGCUCAAAACACUUGGCAAAUGUAUCAGUGAGUCACAAUGUUGCUUGAGCAAACUUUCUCUGGAAUUCUUAAAUAAUGGGUUGGUCGGAUAUGAUAACUUGGAUGUGUCCGGAAAACUUAAUGUUCUAAAUUUCCUAUGUGAUGAGACCCUUAAUACUGAGAAACUAAGAAGCUGGAUAGAUAAAGAAAAUGCAAAAUUUGUAGAAGAAAGGAAGGUGGCCAAGGGAAAAGUUCUUGCUGCCAAAAGAAAGGUAAAGGAUCUUAAGGAAAAGGUAAAGAAUGAUGUUGCCAGUUUGAUGCUUUCUCAGCGAGAAGGAAAGGAAAUUACCAUUUCUGAGCACGAGGAUCUUAUUUUAAAAAUAAAGGAAGAGGCAGAGAAGGCACGUGCUGAGAUGUUAAACACAAUGGCACUUUUUCCCAAGAAGAAACAAAGACGAGACGCUGUAAGAACUGAGCCUAUUUUUUUGGAAGGAAACGGGCGUACAUAUUGGAAUUUGGAAGGCCACUACAGUAACUUGAAAAUUAUGCUUCAAGAUAUUGAGAACUGGGACCUGGUUAUAAAUGAAGACAAGUGGUUUGCCUUUGACGAAGAGGAAGAAAAAACGAUUGAAAAGCAUAUUUCCUCUUCAAGAGAUGUCUGCUAUGAACAUCAGAAUCAUCCGAACUAAAUCAGCGUGCCAUUUUUUGUCAGUGGCAGCAGGACUGAUACCUCAGCAAAUGAGGUGCUAGUGGCAGCAGGACUGAUACCUCAGCAAAUGAGUAGCACCUGUAAGUUGUAGAUCCUCGACUGCAUUCUAUCAAAGUUCCCUUUUUCCUUUCCUGGAGGUAGUUCCCCAUCCAGUGUAAUUUUAAAAAAUUGUGUGGCAAAUUUAUUUUGGAUCUCACUUUCAAGUGAGACAGUUGUGGUAUCUAAAUUUUAUAGCAAAGAAGAAUUUUGCCCUGUUUGUUUCUGAAGAAUGUUUGUAUCGAUUGUGCAAGAUGUUGUGAUCAUUCAAUGAGAAUCUAACGAUUUGUACUUUUAUGAAAACAAACAUAAAUCUUGAGAGUGCUACAG